AUGUCUCAAGCUUCCAACUUUGUUAAAAAGUUAGCCUCCAAUGACAAACCAACAAGAGAUGCCGCACUUGAAUCUCUCAAGAAAUUUCUUAUUUCUAAAUCGUCCAAAACAUUUUCAAUAUCACUACUCGAUGCAGAAAAAUUAUGGAAAGGGUUAUACUAUUCAAUGUGGUUUUGCGAUCGGCCAAAAGCUCAAGAACGUUUAGCGGAAAACUUGGGAAAAUUGUAUCUGGAAAACAUCAACUCAAAUGAAGUUUUUCUUCGAUUUGUUGAAGCAUUCAAUUUGAUCAUGAUUAAAGAAUGGAGUAGUAUUGAUCAAUGGAGAAUAGAUAAAUAUUACUUGUUGAUUAGACGAGUGUUGAGACAUAACUUUAAGUAUUUGAAACUGCAUCAAUGGGAUGAAACUUUGGUUAACGACUGGGUUGAUGUUAUGCGUCGAACGAUUUUGAGUGGAGAUGCCAAAGCACCUGUCGCUUUACCAUAUCAUUUGUGCGAUAUCUACUUGGAUGAGCUUCAGUUGAUUUUGUUUGAAGAAUUGGAAGAAGAAGAGUUGGAUAAGGAGGAUCCAGGGUAUUUGCAAAAAUAUGAAAAUUUGAUGAGACAAAAGAUUGAGAUUGCUGAUGGUGUACCGGUAUUGAAGCUAAUAGGUCCAUUCCAAAUCUUGAAUAAGGAGGCGAAAUUGAAACCAUUGAGGGAGAAGUGUAAAGAGGACAUUUUGGAUGAUGAAAGAUUGGUUGAUUGGGCGGUUAUUGAAGAUAAAAGUGAUUCAGACCUGGAUGAAGAGGACGAUGGGGUUGCGGAGAAAGAUGAUGAUGAUGAAGAGGAAGAGGAAUGGAAAGGUUUUUAG